CAUGUUGGACAGUGUGGGUGUCACUCUCUUAUACAGAUCUUAGAGCUGCUGCUAGCGCAAACGCCGCCUGCCUGCCUUCACACAAACACUAAUAUAGCCUCAACGAGCGACUUCACUUAAUAAACGUGGGUAGAUCUCAGCCAGCGAGCAUUUUUUUCUGAAUAGGUUUACCCGGUACGCAUGCCGGGCGUAAUUCCAGGAGAAAUACUGAGCCUGAACCAACAUCACAGUGGAAGGAUUGGUAAUGGAGGAAUUCGCCAUGCUGACUCCCUACUCUGAGUGGAAAUGGUUUUAACAGGCAGCGAGUAACGGAGGGAAUUGUUAAAGCAGGGAACACGCAUUUGGACUUGCUAAACCCUUUUUGAAAUCUGAACUUGGCUUUGAGAACUGAAGGAAGAGCCCUAACUUUUUUUUUUUGGUUUUGAGGAAUAAAAAGUGAAAACUUUUUCUUUCAAGUAAUUAACAAGGAUAUUAACAAGACCUCACAAUGCCGAGCUCUACUAUCAGGAGGCAGAUGAAAAAUGUGGUCAAUAACUAUUCAGAGGCAGAGAAAAAGGUCAGAGAAGCGACCUCCAAUGACCCAUGGGGACCCUCUAGCUCGCUCAUGUCAGAAAUCUCCGACCUCACUUACAAUGUGGUGGCCUUUUCUGAGAUCAUGAGCAUGAUCUGGAAAAGGCUGAACGACCACGGCAAAAACUGGCGGCACGUGUACAAGGCCUUGACACUGCUGGACUACCUGAUCAAGACCGGCUCGGAGCGCGUGGCCCUUCAGUGCAAAGAGAACAUCUUUGCCAUCCAGACUCUCAAAGAUUUUCAGUACAUUGAUCGUGAUGGCAAAGACCAGGGUAUCAACGUGAGGGAGAAGUCCAAGCAGCUGGUGGUGCUGCUGAAAGACGAUGACCGGCUGAAGGGCGAGCGCUCUCAGGCCCUGAAGACCAAGGAGCGCAUGGCUCAGGUGGCAACCAGCGUCGGUAGCAAUCACCAGAUCAACUUUGGUCGUGGCUCCAGCCAGCCUAACCUGUCCACCAGCUACUCUGAGGAGUAUGGCAGGUCAGAGGGUUCGCCGGCAUCAUAUCACGGAUCCACGUCUCCCAACGCGUCAUCAGAGCUGGAGCAGGCCCGGCCGCAGACGAGUGGAGAGGAGGAGUUACAGCUGCAGUUGGCACUGGCUAUGAGCAGGGAGGCGGCAGAGCAGGAGGAGAGGAUGCGCCGUGGGGAUGACCUGCGGCUCCAGAUGGCCCUGGAAGAGAGCCGUAAAGACACCAGCGUGUCAAAAGUGGCCAAAAAGAAGAAAGAGCCUCCACAGUCAUCUUUGAUGGAUCUGAUGGACGCAAUCCCUGGAAGCCCUGCUGACCCCUGGGUGGCCGGAGCAGCAGCAGCAGCCCCAGCUCCAGCUCCAGCUCCAGCUCCAGCUUCAGACCCCUGGCAGAGCUAUGGUACUGCCCCUAAGCCAGCUGCUCCUGUGGAUCCCUGGGGCCUGCCCAGUUCGGCCACUUCACUCCCUCCCAUGAAAAGCAGUGACCCCUGGGGGUCGACCCCUGCUCCUACAGCGGCUGAUCCCUGGGGCUCAGGGCCCGCCACACGCCCCAAGGUUUCUGGCCCAGACUCUUUUGAUCUCUUCUCCACACCAAAUGGUACCUCUAAAGAAGACCUCUCUGAUUUCGACAGUCUUCGCUCUUCAGUGAUGACAGGAGAUGGCAAAGGAAGCUCAGCAUUGCCCUUACAGACCAGCAAGUCCGCUAGCCCCAGCCUGUUUGACUUGCAGCCAAGUGCCCCAACCAGAAAAACCCCAGAGUCAUUCCUGGGUCCCAAUGCUGCCCUGGUAAACCUGGACUCUCUGGUCACCAAGCCUCCUCAGCCAGCUCCCAUCUCCAAUCCCUUCCUUGCUGGAGUAGCAGCAGCAGCUCCUGCCCCUGCAGCUCAGGUCAACCCCUUCCAGGUGAACCAGCCCCAGCCACCCACCCUCAACCAGAUGAGAGUGAGCCCCAUGAUGGGCAUGACUGGUCAGGGCUUUGGCAGCCUGACCUCAAGGAGCAACGACCCCCUGCCUUUGUCAUCUCUGGCCCCAACUGGCACCGCCGGCAUGAUGCCAACGGGUGGCAUAGCCCCGCUUGCUCCCAUGGGCCAGAUAAUGCCAAGCAUGGGUAUGCAAGGCUCCAUGUCCAUGCCCCAGCCUCUUAUGAGUGGAGGGCUGCAACCUACAGGCACUGCAGCCCAGGCUGGAGGCACCACUAAUCCCUUCCUGUUGUGAGGAACAAUAUAGGCUGUCAUUGCCUGUCCCUACACGCCCCACCCAAUCCCCCUUCCAGUGGUAUAGACAACAUAGUCUGUUGUGUCCCUCCGACCGAUGUGCUAUUUUGAGACUUUCUGGAGUAGCAGUGGUGUUUACAGUUUUUACAUUGGCAGGAGAUGCUCUCUUCGGCCUGUUGGAGGUAGGUACCAUAGAGUGAUUGGUAUUUUAUUUUUCUAAAUUUCCUCAAAUGGACCGUCAACGAUUGAUUACUGUAUCUCUAGGUGUGACUUUCUCACCACUUUUAGUCUGCAGUUACUUUUCAAAAGACAGCCUCGCAUUCAAAAGGGUCCCGAUUUGUAACUUCUUUUGAUUGCUUGAUUUUCUUAUCGGGGGCUUAAAACUUUAGGGAUUCUGCUUUCUCUUAAUUUUUUCUAAUUUUUAGUCUUUUAAAGCUGUAAAUCGCUAAAGCUAACCCUUUUUAAUCAAAGCAGCCUAUAUGUUCUACGCAGUGCAUAUACACUAUGUGUAUUUACAGUACGCAUAAGUAGACACAGUUCAGAGGACACUAUCAGUUUACAUGGUAAUCAUUUUGAUGUUCUAAGCAGGGAUUUUGCACACGCUCUGAUUUCUUCUUUUGACUGUUGGCUCACCAUUAGUCCUUAGCUUGACAAACAAUGAUCAUCGGUUUGUAAAAGACAUGACAUAUGUACCAGGCAUAAAAAAAUAUGUGCAUGGCACACGGUUUGGUAAAUGCUAAGGACUGUCCAAAACAGCCGCACGCCUCAGUGGUUCCAAAUCUGAUGCAUUGAAAGAUGAGCUUCAUACUGAAGUGGAGAAGGUUUUUUUUUUUUGUUUGUUUGUUUUCUUUUGUUUUUUUCCUUUUUUUAAAUGCAUGAUAGGGAAUUGGUUACCAUAUCAUGAUAUGGCUCAACUUUUAUACAAAGGCCUCUGUUUUGUUACUCCUUAAAAUCCUUAGAGAUUGUUAAUUGGUCAUGUGCGUUGUUUCAGUUAAGUACAAUUUCAGUACUGUUGUAAAGCUCACUCUUUGCACACCGUCUCAUCGCAUCCUUAUGGUGACUGUUUGACACAGCUAAUCAAAGCUAAUGAUUAGAAUUCAACUGCCUAGCUUUUUUUGAGUUAUUCAUUGAGUAUCAAACAAUCUGAAAUGUGUUUUCAGUUUCAGUAGUCUUGUUUAUUUAUAUGUGUAAAAUGUAUUAGCUGUCAUCGAAGGAACAAAGGGAAUUGGGAAGAUGAGUUAAACUAUUUUCAUCAGGUUCAAAUGCAUCUUACUGUUAUCUCUAUUAUAACUAAUCACUGUUACCUUAUGCGAUCAGUUCAUAUACAUUUAAAUAGCUAAACAUGUAUCACUGCUUGCCAUUACAGCUAAAUGGCAAUGAUGCUUCUGAUGUGUAUGAAAAGCAUUGAUGUGCUAAUAACGUUAGAAUGAGGUGGGACAUAUAAACAUAUGAUACAUAUGAUUUAUUUAGUUGGUGGGGGUAUUUUUUGAGUAGGCUGACGUCUUUUGUUAUUUAAUUUCCAUUUUGGCCUCUGUUUGAGAGUGUUUCCUUUUUCGAGCUGUGGUCUUAAAGUAUAUCGGACUUUCGAUUUCCAUAAAAGCAUCACUGUGUAGCAACAGGACAUUCUUGCAGCAGAAGGGGAUUUACAAUGUAAUCUACCCAAAAGAUCAGAAUCUUAGCCUUCUAAUCCCUUCAGUCCAUAUCACGCAGAGGUUUUAUGUCCGGGUUUGAUAUAUACACAUUAUUUAACAUGAGAUGUUAUACACUAGUCUGGAUUUGAAUCUGAAUAUUAUGUAGAUAUUUUUUAUGAGGUAAAACUUCUUAUACUUUUUUGAUGAUAAUAUACUUUGACAUCACAGAUAAUUUACUGGGUAAUAAAUGGAGAAAUUUAUGAUUUUUUGCAUAUUAUGUCUGUCUGGGUUGAGUUUUCACCCAUGACAGUGUAUUUCCACCCCACAAGCACAAGAAUGCAGUUUUUUUCUGCCCAAAUGUAGUUACCAAAGUCGCAGUGCUCGUGAAACAUAUAAAAGAGGUGCCGUUGUAGUUUUCUAACUCGAAUAGUAGAAAUACCUUUUUAAUUUGGGCCCACAUCUUUGUGCUCGUGGUUUGGUUCAUCUCUCUGAUACCACUGCCAAUACAAAUGUGCUCUUUUGUGCUUUCCUUUUUAAUUACGACCUCUGCUGGAAAUGCUGUGGUAAUACUGCCUCAGUGCAGUUGUGUAGCAGAGCCUGGGUGUUCGUCUCAAAUCCACAACCAUACUCAGGCAUUUGGGGGAAGACAGCUUUAAAAUGUACACAAUGAGUUUAUGAUUGACAUGAUGGAAGUAGGCAUUGAUCCUGCAAUGUCAGGCUCUUCUGCUGACAAGCAUCACAUAAAAUUACACAAUUGGUUAUCAAAAAAGUUGUUGAAACAGUUAUGCAAACUAGUUUUGCCGUGUUUUUGCUUUUACUGAUAUACAACAUCUAGCUCAGUUUGUCCCAUCUCAUUUUGCUGUUACUGUUUGUGUAUCACUUGUUUUCCGUUACUAUGUACUCAUUAAGCAUUUAUUGUGGAGGACUAACCUUGUGAACAUGCAUAAACACCUUUUCCCAUGUUAUUGUGUCUGUGUAUUUACCAAACUGUCUCAUAUUACUGGGAGCAGGCUGCUUUUUUUAUGGAUAUGUGCUCGACUUGUUGGCAUUAUAACUGUAUAAUAUAAUUUAUCAUUUGUUCUAUUGUAACAUAUUGUUCUGUACCUUAUUUCUGUGUAAUGGUUUUCUAGGAAAGUCACAUGAACAAUGUGAUGUUUUAAUGCCAUCUAAAUCAGCAGCAAUUGAUGAUAAAGGACCUCUAGCUGCAAUGGUAAAAAUAAACUGUAUCACUGACAUUUGAUUUUAGUCUGUUAAUGCUAUUAAUAAACGCAGCAAGUGACA